AUGUCAACACUAAAAGGAGAGGUACAUCAGGUACUACCACUAACUGUCACGAAUAAUGGCUUUUUCUCCCUCUCUCCGUUUCUUCUUGCUUCGAAUCUGAUCCUGGCCGCCUUGGUCACCAAUUCAGUUGACCACAAUUACGUUCGGUUAUCAAAACCGUGGUGUCUAAGCGAUCUAAAUCAGUCGGACGCACCGACUCCCCCAACCAAGACUGCAAACGGGACAGGAGGUCAGUGUUUAUUGAACGCCCCAUCCAAUGGAAAGGUGGACGAUACGAUGGAGAUCCCAGUCGCGGAGAGUAUGUCCGAACUGGGCCCGGAACAGUUGCUGGUCUCGGACUACACAAAUGCCAGUCUCGUCCCCGGUCGAGCUCCCGGGGUGGCCUAUUGUCUAGUCGGCUCUGAUCGUCUUCCACGCACAUAUAUCGCAGCCCAGGCUCCUGUUGACCACACGCGUGGUCUGUUCUGGCAAAUGAUAUGGGACCACGGUGUGAAACUCAUUGUUCUACUCACAAAGGUUCGAGAGAACGGAAAAGAUAAGUGUUCCGUAUACUGGCCCGGAUCAACGGGACGUGAGUCCCCGAACGAGACGGGGACCAUGAAACGAACGGUGCGAUUUGGUCAGUUGACAAUCAAACUCAGGGAUGAGAAUAGCACCAACACACAUGUGAAGCGUAGAUUCGAUGUGCGCCGUACUAAUGACCCUAAAGGCGAAGAACGAACAAUCACUCAACUUCAUAUGAUGCAAUGGCCUGAUUUCUCCGCCCCGUCCAAGGAUCAUUUCAGCGCGCUACUUUUCGCCUACUGGGCUGAACGGCGGUGUUGUGCGAAUGUCGAAGCCCCGGUACUGAUUCACUGCAGUGCGGGUGUCGGACGAACGGGGACAUUCAUUUGUCUGGAUCAAUUGUGCCAACAAGUGAGAUAUUAUCUGCAACCAGAUUUUCAACCAUUUCUUCUCACUGCGACCCGUUCAACUGUGGCGGAUGAGCCGAUAUACGCCAAUCUGAACACAGAUUCCGACGAACCGGGGGUUCGUAACUCGCUACGACUGGGCGAUACAGACGGGACAGACACACCGACAACACGGUCUUCCAAAGCGUUGUCGAUUAGUGCAGAGCAAACAGCCACAUCACGCGAUGCGGACGGAAAUUCCGCUUGGCCAACCCUACUGCCAACCACUUGGAAUGUUUCGGGUAAUCGGGGCUGGUCGCUCGGUCGGAUGAAACGUUUCGGAUUGGGUAGAAAAAAGACGCAUUGUGUAAAUGUGUACAAAACUGUGCUGUGGCUUCGUUCGCAUCGAAGUUACAUGGUACAAUCAGAGGAUCAAUAUUUGUUUAUCUAUCGAUAUCUGUCACAUUUUAUACAACAAAUCAAUGAUUCUGAACAAAUAUAUGAAAACAUUUAA